AUGGCCCUCCUUACCAUUACCACCCUCCUGGCCCUUGCCCUUGUCCUCCCUCGCCCCGUCACCGCCACCGCCUCGGUCGACUGGGCUGCCUUUGGCAUCGGGCCCGGCGAGGAUGUGGCCCAAGCCGUAGCUAUGGACGAGAACGAUGUCGUCUAUGUUGUCGGUACCUUCCACAAGUCCAUGACCAUCCAGUCGCACUCGAUCUACUCUACCCUCUCCACCACGGUCGAAGACGAUCCGACAGCCGCCGGCUACGGUGAGAUGUUUGUCGCCGCCUUUGAUCCUGACGGCACGUACCUCUGGGCCGUCUCGUCGGCCGUCACCGCCGGCUCUGGCCAUGGCCUCAAGCUCUCGGCCGCAGAGGCGACCGUCAAGUCGGGCAACGCUCUGUACAUCACGGGCGUGCUCUCGGGCGAGGCGGUGCUCGGCGACUUUACUCUCAACUCGCCCGACCCCGCCGACCCAGUUGUUGUCCUUAUCAAGGUCGUGCCGCAGACGGGCGUCAUUGAGUGGGCCACGUCGGCAGAGAUCGAGACCUUUGGCGGCCGUGUGGGCAUGACGUACAACCCGGACAACCAGGUCGUCGCCCUCACCUCGUACAUCCGCUACAACGCUACCUUUUACGCCGACGAGGUCGUCCUCUCGUGCCCGGUUGUUGAGCAGACGUCGGAGACCUGCGCCGUCGUCGUCGUCUACAACAACCUCGGUGGCAUCACCCUUACCGAGCUUGUCCCGCCUGUAACCGCAAAGUCGUGGAUCAUCCCCACAGACAUCGUUUACUCCUCUACCGACACCACCUACUUCUUCACCGGCUCGAUGGUCGGCUGUGUCACCUUUGACGCCUCAAUCGGCCAUACCUGCGUCCCGGGCGUCGGCCAGGAGGGCGUCUUCCUUGCCCAGUACCACUCCUCGUCCGGCAAGUUUGUCUCGGCCCAGGCCUACAAGACCGGCUCGGCAACCAACACCGACCUCGGCACAUCGGUCGACGUCGAUGAGUCCGGCAACCCAGUCGUGGUCGGCACCUUCCGCGACGUCGCCAACUUUGGCUCCAUCUCGUACCACACCGUCGAAGGUUCCGUCCUCUGGGCUGAGGCCGUCGCCUCAGACGGCUCAGACAUUGGCGCCGGCGUCCACGUCACCCCGCAGUCUCGCGACGUCAUGUUUGUCGGUAUCGUCUCGGGCUCGGUCGAGAUCCAGGGCGUGCCCGUCAACGUUUCCAAGGGCGUGGUCCUCGCCCAGUUUGACGGCGACACCGGCGACCUUGAGUUUGCUCAGGUCCAGCAAGGCACCCUCUACUCGACUGACUUUGCUCUUGCCCGCACCCAGCCGGCCGGCGGCGCUCCGCUACCCAUGGUCCUCGUCGGCGGCUUCCUCAACGAGACCGCAAACGUCUUUGACGUCGCCAUCAUCCACUACGGUGACACUCCGCUGCCCCCGGCCCCGCCCUCGCCGCCCACCACCACCGCCGUAUCAACCGCGUCUUCGACCGGUACCGCCGCCUCGCCCCACCACCACGAGCACGUCGCCGUCGCCGUCGCCGUCGUCUUUGGCCUCGCCCUCCUCGUCGGCGGCGCCAUCCUCGGCUUUAUCUACCGGCGCCAGUCCUCGGGCAACUUUCCGCAUCAGCGCCUCGACGACCAGGGCCGCCUCCCGCCCUCGGCUCGCUCCGCAAACAUCGAUGCCUCGCUCUCGGGCCCGGCCGCUGCCGCCAGCUCCAUGUACGGCGCCCUCUAACUUGCUCCCUCACACCUAUAAAGCACA